AUGGAGCAGGGUCACCCAGACGUUCUCGGGCCGCAAGGAGCCGGUGCGGCGGAUGCGUGGGCGGGGGAGGGCGGCGCGUCGGGGAGCAGCGAGCUGCAACGAGAGCUUAAGGACUACCUCCUUCAGCCCGAAAACAGGCCCGUCCUCGAAGCCAUCCAGCGCAAAGAGCACCUCCAGGCCGUCAAGGACGAGGAACGCAGGCUCGGACUCCUCCUGAAGGACCGCAUCCUCCGCAGCAGCCCCGAGGUCCGGCAGGCCCUGGGCCCCCUCGUGGGCAUCCCCGUCCUGCGGCGCAUCAUGCUGACCUUCAUGAGCGACCCGAGCGGCGACUUCGAGCGCUGGGCGGCCAACCCGUACGUCCAGCGCGUCCUGCGCGGCGCCGCGGAGGCCAUCGGGCGCGGAGUCGUCAGCGAGGCCGACAUCGAGCAGUCGAUGCUGGCCAGCCUGAAGGACCCUCGCGGCGCGGGACACCAAGAGUUCGCGGCGAACGCGCACAGGAAGGUCGGGCACACACGUCCGCAGUAG